GAGACAAGAGUUUCAGAGAAAAAAGUUAAAAAUAAUUUUAUAGAGAGAGGUGUUGGUGAGUUUGAUGAUGGCUGAACGUGAAGCCUGCAGUAAUAGGAGAAAUAAAAUGGAGACACAACAUACUUUUCUUGAAUAUGAAGCUGAAGCUCUCUCUCUCUCUCUCUCUCACUCUUACUUUGAAGAUGGGCCCCAACAAAACACAAAACCAACUGUCACGUAUUCUUCUACGGUCAGCCAACAACAUUGUAAAAAGUUAUCUCCUUUCACUUUCCAUCUCUCUCUCACUUUUUUUUUUCUUCUCACAAAGUCUUUGAUGCCUGCCCGUUUGAGAAUUGCUCUUAAAUAAACUAUUGGGUCGGUGCUAAAUUGGAAUUUGAGGGCCUCUUUUAUCUCUUUUUAGUUGUCAACAGAUACCCACUUAGAAAAAGUCCUUGUUUUUGCUGUGUUAUUUCUCAGCUAUUAGAAUUUCCUCAAAGUUCAUCUGGGGUUUUGCUGUUUAAGAAUUCUGCUAUUUGAAUUUUAUCAAGUUUUGAAGAUAAUCUUUAGAAAAGCUAGCUUUAAUCGGCGUUUGUCAGAGAGAAUUGGAGUUUUCCAACUGUUUAUAUUUGGUCAUCAACCAUUGACAAUAUGACAUUGAAGGAGAGUCUUCAACUUUAAGUAGUACUGGCAAAAAGCAAAUAUUCCAAUUCUUGGAAUUUUCAUUGUGGUUGUUCAGAGAUUAUGUGCUGAUGGUGUUAAAUCAUUUAAUAUCGGAAGUUGCUUUUGCUGCAUGCGAAUAAAGAGGUCGUUGAAUGUGUUUCAAGAAUAUGAUCGCUCAUCCCCGCCAAGCUGAUCUUUACGUUAUUUUGUUUACUAAUUCUUGAAGGGAAAUUAUUAAGCUACGAUAUAGUUGUGGUCGUGAGAGAAAACUGAUCUUUUCGUUGAAGGGAAGAUCAUAUUAUCAAAAAGUUUUUGAGUGGUGAGGAAUUUGAGGCGUCUGCUAAGGCUUGUGGAGGCAAAAAGAAGGCUCUGAUACCUUGCCAUCUAAAGAAAGCUUAGCAACCUUGGGCUUUACUCUGUUGAGAAGUUUGGAAUUUUUUUUGAUAUAUAGAUCUAUUUUGGUUAUGUUUUUGCUAUACUUAGCGGCUGUAUCGAAUUCCGGCACUUUAAUUUGAGGAAAAGAUUUGGAGGAACAAAGGAUAAUUACUUCAAAGAAUCUUCCCAGUGACCAUGGCAAAAAGAUCACAGAAACGUCCAGUGCGAUAUGAGAAAGAUCACUCGGGCUGUAUGUGGGGUUUGAUAAAUAUAUUUGACUUUCGCCAUGGUCGCUCCACUCAGAGAUUGCUUUCAGAUAGGAGGCGUUCUGGCAGACUUUCAGUUGGUGCAGGAUCCCCAAUGAAUAAGCUUCAUAUGUUGACCUGGAAUGAUAAUCGUGAAGGAACCUUUGAUGGUGAAGAGACUAGAACCGUAGCAGCUGAUGCUGGUAAGCCAAGUGUGAAAAGUCUCAUAGAAGAAGAGAUGAUUGGCGAGCAGGAUGCCAAGGAGAUAAACAAUGCUGAAGUAGAAACAAAAGUUUUUGACUCAGAACAAGGAAACCGCAAAAAGAAGUCUCGCAAAAGAAUGAAAAAGGCUCAAAAGAAAAGCCGUGACAACAUCCAUGAUCUGGAUGCUCUGGAAAGUGUAAAAUCCGAAGAAUCUUGUCAUCACAUUUCAGAGCAUCAAUCAACAAUCAGCCUUGAUAUAGACAAUGUAAUGGAAGAAUUCUGCCACCAGAUCUAUCAGAAAAGUGUAACUUGUGUGAACCAUGACCAGCCUGAUGAACUUCAUCUGCAAUCAAACCAAAAGAAUCCUGAUUUUGAAGAAAAACUGAGUGAAGCAAUCAAGUUGUUAAUAGGUCAGAAACUCAUUAAAGGGAAACAUCUCUCAGAAGAUGGGGAAAUCCACCCCUCCAAUGAACUUCAGGAUGCGCUUCAGAUUUUAGGUUCAGAUGGGGAACUAUUUCUGAAACAUCUGAAAGAUCCAAAUUCAGUGCUGGUGGAAUGCAUUCAAAACUUUCUCGAUGCACAGUUGGAGAAAGAUGAAGACACCAAGUCAGUUGCAGGAUCCAAUAUAUCGGAGCAGGAGGUCAGUAAUCUUGGGCAAUCUGAUGAGCUUGUCAACCAUAAGCAGCGAAGAUUUUUCAGGAAGAAGGUUAAAUCUCAGGAAAGAAGUCCAUUGACUGGAAAUAAGGCUUCUCAAACGUCAAAUAGAAUAGUUAUUUUGAAGCCUGGGCCAACAAGUGUGCAGAGCCUUGAAACAGAAAGAAGCAUUGGCUCAUCACCAGAACCUCAUUACAGUAUCAGAAACAAGGGACUAAAUGAGAGAAUUGGUUCCCACUUUUUUCUCUCUGAAAUUAAAAGAAAGUUGAAAAAUGCUAUGGGAAAGGAGCACCAGAGAAUCAGCACUGAUGGUAUUCCAAAAGGGUUAGCAUAUGAGCGUCAAAAUUCAGGGAAUAGAGACAGAGCGAUUAAGGAGAAUGUAGGAAUCAACUCUCCAUCGAAAGACCAUUUCUUCAUUGAAAAAAUUGCUAGACCUGUUGGCGUCAAGAAAGGAGACAAGAUUGGCAAGCUGAAAGACUGUGACUUAGAUACAAAAGAGAAAAGUGCUAAUUUGCCUAAGCAAAGGGUAUCUAAUAUUUAUAUUGAGGCCAAGAAACAUCUCUCUGAGAUGCUGAAUAUUGGUGAUGAAAAUAUGGAUUCUUCAAGUAGACGUGUUCCCAAAACUCUAGGAAGGAUUCUCUCUGUUCCUGAGUAUAACUUCUCUCCUGUUGGUAGCCCUGGAAGAAACUGGGAGCCUAGCUUUGUAACUGCACAGAUGAGAUUUCUUGACUCUGACACCUUGCAGGAGAUGAAUGAGAGCACAUCAUCUCUUGAACAGGACAGCCAUUUUAGCCAUCUGGGUGAAACAACAAAGAGUUUGGAGACUCAGCCAUGCAUUUCUGGUGAAAUAACUGAUGAUAAAGUAGAAGCCGCUAGCUUAGAUUCAAAUAGCUCGGUCAAUCAGUUUCAUGAUAACGAAGUGGGUAAAACCUCCUUUUCUAUUGGAGAUGAGGUUCUCUCUAUAGAUGAUGUGGAAAUUGUUAAAACAAAUGGAGCUGUAGUCCAGGAAGAGAGCAGUGUCUUGGAUGCUCCCUGUGAACCAAGUAGCUCUUCCAGUAUUAAAGAUGAUGACCAGAAUGUUGAUGAGUCAGAAAUUGGUGAUGGACAAAGUUAUUGCUCUGACAUCAAACAGGAACUGUCUGUGGAUAACCAACUGCCAUCAUCUCCAUUAGCAUCUCCAUCAAAAUCUUCAGCCACCAAGAAGGUUGAAGAUCAAGGGAGUGCUAUUGAUAUAUUGGAGCGUCCAAGUCCUGUGUCUGUUCUUGAGCCCCUAUUUGCAGAGGAGGACAUCAGCCCUGCAAGCACCAGAUCCCGUUCUGCUGAAGUACCAGUACAACCUCUUCAAAUUCAAUUUGAAGAAUGCGACUCAGCAACUGAAGAUCAGUGUAUCCAAAUGAAAAGUUCUAUGGAAGACAAGAAAUCAAUUUUUGAGUAUGUGAAAACAGUGCUACAAACCUCUGGCUUAAACUGGGAUGAACUCUUUAUGAAGUCCCUUUCUUCAGACCAGCUUCUUGACCCAUCAUUGUGUGAGGAGAUAGAGUUCUUUCCCAGCCAGAUCUGUUAUGAACAGAAACUCCUCUUUGAUUGCAUUAACGAAGUUCUCAUGGAAGUUUGUGGGCACUACUUUGGUUGUACACCUUCUGUAUCAUUUGCUAAACCUUACAUCCGGCCAGUCCCAAACAUGCAAAAUGCUCUUCAUGAGAUUUGGGAAGGAAUUUUAUGGCAUCUGAUCCCACUGCCACUUCCUCAUACAUUAGACCAGACUGUCAGAAAAGACUUGGCUAAAUCUGGAUCAUGGAUGGACCUCCGAUUUGAUACUGACUGUAUUGGUAUUGAAAUGGGUGAAGUCAUUCUUGAAGAAUUGAUGGAAGAUACCAUAUUAAGCUUAGAAAAUGAAAGUCCUGAAAGUAGAUGUCCGGUGAUUCUGGCUGUGAGUUAAAGGAUGGGAUUUACAUGUAAAUCAGAAUACUCUUCUUUGUUCAUAUCAAUAAUUGUAACUCACCUUGUGUCAGGGUGGGAGGAAAAGUAGGUUACUCCUCUAUUAUGCAUCAAGUAGAGGAUCAGUGACAUCUCAUCGCUGAAAGGGAGAAUUUGACAGCCUCUUUCUAACUUUGCCACUGAAUAUGAAUAUGUGUAGAUAUACACAAUCUUUCAUGUCAUUUAACCAUACUUGGGAGCCUUCUUAGGCAGCAAAUCAUCAGAGUGAAGGACCCUUCUUGAGCAAAGAUCAAAUAACUCAAAGUUCAGGUGGUCAUUAUACAAAGACAGCGUGACUUCCACUGCAACUUUUUCAGUGAUGACAUAUACUCUCUUAGUGAUGGAUUAGGGCAUUUCACCCAGUGACUAUAGUAGUGUUCUCAUUGCAUAACUUGUAGAGUUUGGUGUGUUCUUUAUUUUGUCUGAUUUCAUUCAUUCUUCUUCUUCUUCUUUGUUCCGUUGUUUUGCUGUUGUAUUUACAAAGUUGGGAGUGUUGCGAGUUGUGAUUACUGUGUUAUAUUAUAAGAGCCAAGAGUAAAUGAGAUUUCACUCGUGUGUGUUAGUA